AUGUCUGCCCCGACCAGAGUCGCCAACCCGCCCGUUGAGGUCCCGGUCCCUUUCAAGUUCGACCCCAUCGAGGAGGCCAUCGCCGCCAUCAAGAAUGGCGAGUUCGUCGCCGUCAUGGACGACGAGGACCGCGAGAACGAGGCCGACCUCAUCUGCUCUGCCGCCAAGGUUACUACGGAGGGAAUGGCGUGGUUUGUCAAGUGGACUAGCGGCUAUGUCUGUCUCUCGACGACGCAGAAGCGUCUGACGGAGCUGAACCUUACGCCUCUACUUUCGCCUGCCGGCGCCAACGAGGACGCCAAGGGCACUGCUUACCACCUCACGAUUGACGCGAACGCCGCCAAGCACCCCGUGCACACCGGCAUCUCGGCGCACGACCGCGCCCUCUGCUCCCGACUCGUCGCCGAGGGUGCUCCUGCCGACGACUUCACCCGCCCCGGACACAUCAUGACGCUUCGCUACACCCCUGGCGGUGUCAGGAACCGUACCGGACAUACGGAGGCUGCUGUUGACCUGUGCUACCUCGCCGACCUGCCGCCCGCGGGCCUGCUGUGCGAGCUUGUGCACCCGACCGACCCCGCCGGAUCGAUGGCGCGCCGAGACGACUCGUGGAAGUUUGCGCGCGAGUGGGGCCUCAAGGUCAUCUCGAUCGCGGACCUGCAGGCGUACCUCAACUCGGAGAAGGGCGCCAAGGUCCCGACGGCUUAA